GUGACUUUCUUUCAGGGAUGGCAAUUGGGAGAGACUUGAUUGGAAAGGAUAACCAUGUGAUUUCAGUGAUCGGUGACGGAGCCAUGACAGGUGGACAAGCGUACGAGGCAAUGAACAACGCUGGUUUUCUUGAUACCAACCUUAUAAUAAUCUUAAACGACAACGAACAAGUUUCUCUUCCCACAGCAACCAUUGAUGGCCCCGCUCCUCCGGUUGGAGCACUUAGUAGGGCCCUCGCCAGGCUAAAUACUAGUUCUAAGUUCCAUCAACUUCGUGAGGUCGCAAAGGGAAUCACGAAGCAAAUUGGAAGCCAGGCACAUGAAUUUGCAUCAAAAAUGGAUUCCUACAUUAGAGGGAUGGUAGGUGGUGCUGGUGCUUGUUUAUUUGAAGAGCUUGGGCUCUUUUACAUUGGCCCAGUAGAUGGCCAUGACAUGGAAGACCUUGUGCACAUCCUCAAAAAUGUCAAGGAUAUGCCAACACUUGGACCUGUUCUCAUUCAUGUAAUCACUGAGAAAGGAAAGGGCUAUCAUCCAGCUGAAGUUGCUACCGACAAGAUGCACGGUGUUGUGAAAUUUGAUCCCAAGUCAGGGAAGCAGUUGAAAUCCAAAAUUAUUACGCGGUCUUACACGCAGUAUUUUGCCGAGUCUUUGACAGCAGAGGCAGAAGUUGAUGAGAAAAUUGUUGCCAUACAUGCUGCAAUGGGAGGGGGUACCGGGCUUAACUUGUUUCAACAGCGCUUCCCCGAAAGAUGUUUUGAUGUUGGGAUAGCAGAACAACAUGCCGUAACCUUUGCUGCUGGCCUAGCUGCUGAAGGCCUUAAACCCUUUUGCGCAAUUUACUCUUCCUUUCUACAAAGAGGUUAUGAUCAGGUAGCACAUGAUGUUGACCUUCAAAAGCUUCCGGUUAGAUUUGCGUUAGACAGAGCAGGCCUAGUUGGUGCUGAUGGCCCAACUCACUGUGGAGCCUUUGACACAACAUUCAUGGCUUGUUUGCCAAACAUGGUGGUUAUGGCUCCAUCAGAUGAGACUGAAUUGAUGCACAUGGUAGCCACUGCUGCAGCCAUAGAUGACAGGCCUAGCUGCUUUAGGUACCCAAGAGGGAAUGGUAUAGGUUCCAUUCUUCCACCUUACAAUAAGGGCAUGCCACUAGAGGUCGGUAAAGGAAGGGUAUUAAAGGAAGGAAGUAGGGUGGCUCUUGUUGGUUAUGGGACAAUGGUCCAAAGUUGUAUGGAAGCGGCUAAGGUUCUUGAAGCUCAUGGCAUCUCAACAACUGUGGCUGAUGCACGAUUUUGUAAGCCUCUAGAUGGUGAUCUAAUGAGGAGACUCGCAAGAGAGCAUGAGAUUCUUAUCACAGUUGAAGAGGGAUCCAUUGGAGGAUUUGGUUCUCAUGUUUCUCAUUUUCUAGGAUUGAAUGGUCUUCUUGAUGGUAAUCUUAAGUGGCGAGCCUUGACAUUGCCUGACAGAUACAUAAACCAUGGAUCUCAGACAGAUCAAAUUGAAAUGGCAGGGCUGAGUUCACACCAUAUUGCAGCUACUGCUUUGUCAUUAACGAAUGUGCAUUUGGAUAGUCGUCUACUUCUCAGCCUACAGAUAUGAAUCGUAACACAAAUUGUGAGCAUGUAAUACAUGUACAUAAGUUGUAAUUAUAUCACCUAAAGUAUGGCAAUAAAGUAAUUAAAAUGCUUCGGGUGUAAAUAAAGUUCUUCAUCCUUUAUCAUUGGGGAGUUUUUGAUAAUUAACCAGGUACUUAAGGAGGGAAGCAAAAAGUAAAAGUGAGGUGGGGAACAAUAGUCGUUCUAUUUAAAAUAUAUUUUGUAUAAUUAUGAUAAGAAGUUUCAUUUAUGAGAUAUCCACAGCAAGUUGUUGUGAGUGACUCAAGCA